AUGGGGCGCAAGACAUGGUAUGAAGGGGCUCCGCAGAAAUACAUCGACAAAUGCUUGGUCAAAGACGCCACCACCACGAGUGGAACGCUGGGCUACAGGGUGGCGGGCAUGCAGGUACAAGACAGCAGCACUGGCGCCAUGUGGAGGGCUGACCGCAAGUGGUGCCAGAACCUGACCAAUCAGCAGAUGCCAGCUGUCUUCCGCCUCUUCUUCUCCCUGACUCCCACCGCUGACGCCCCUGCCGUCGAUGCUAUUGCCGCUGCUGCUGGUGGUGCUGGCAAUGCUACUACUGCUCUUGCUGCUGCUGCUGGUUCUCUCAGUGCGGAGGCGAAGGAGAGAAUGAGAGGCGUUUUGAGUGGAGAGGGAGGGCUGUUGGCGCAGCUGCAGACACUGAGGGACUGGUUCGCCCAGCAAACCUCCUUCCACUUCUUCUCAGCCUCUAUCCUGUUGAUUUACGAGGCCAACACAUCUGAACACGAAGGGGCAGAGGCAAGGGAAGAAGGGAAGGAGGCGGGAAGGGGUGCUGCCCACCCUCCCUCUCUGAGGCUCGUGGACUUUGCACAUGCCAUCGAUGCGCAAGGCAAGGUAGAUGAGAACUUCCUAGAGGCUGUGGAUGGAGUGAUGGCUGCAUGGAAGGCGGUGCUGGGAGAGUAG